GAAUUCAGUGCUUAUUGGUGACCUGGGCAGUGGGUCCUGGAAAUACUGGAAUGUAGUACCUGCCAGGAAGCAGGAAAGUGGACAUUCAUAGUACCAGCACUUGGCACACAGGACUUGAUGGGCGUCUGAGAUUUGCAUUCUUCCUCAGGCCCAUUCUGGGUGGAAGAUGUUUAGCAUUAAUCUAAAUACCUUCUAACCUGGUCCGAAUGAAUGGAAAUCAGUAGUUGGUACUGACUGUGGUACUGUUAGGAUUUCAGGGCACAGAGGAAGGCUAUACACGUGGGAGUAGGUCUUUCAGCCAAACCACAGGACACAAAAGUGGAACAGAAUUAUACAAAUCAAGGUCAGAAAUUUCCUGUCCAGCCCACGGGAUGGAGUCUUCUCCAUUCCUGUCCAUCGCAGUGAAUAUAAACCCUGAUUGAAUGUCAGUGACUGGAAGGAGCAUCUAGUAGGAUGCUGAUUUUAGCUCUCAGCAUCCACAAUGAAUCUCAAGGUAGUCUUCGCAUCCCUGGCACUGUUCCUCAUUACCAUCUUCACCCUGGCCCAUGUUCUGCUGACCAGCCAAGGUGGCUCCAGCCAGCCUCUCCGCUGCCCCUCCAUAACACCUAGUGCCCAGCCGUGGACACAGGCUGGCCGGAGCCAGCUGUUUGCAGACCUGAGCCAAGAGGAACUGACUACUGUGAUGAGCUUUUUGACUCAGUACCUGGGGCCUGGGCUGGUGGAUGCAGCUCAAGCCCAGCCUUCGGACAACUGUGUCUUCUCAGUGGAAUUGCAGCUGCCCUCCAAGGCGGCAGCCCUGGCCCACCUGGACGGGGGGAGCCCCCCACCUGCCCGGGAGGCCCUGGCCAUCAUCUUCUUUGGUGGACAAGCUCAGCCCAACGUGAGUGAGCUGGUGGUGGGACCACUGCCUCGCCCAUCCUAUGUGCGGGAUGUGACCAAGGAGCACCAUGGGGGCCCCUUGCCCUAUCACCGACGCCCCCUGCUGGCAACUGAAUAUGCCCAGAUGUGGAGGCAUUUGAAAGAGGUGGAGUUUCGCAAGGCACCCAUCUUCCUGGCUUCUGUCUUCAACUACAAUGGCUCCACUUUGACAUCCUUGCAUGACCCCCGUGGCUUGUGCUCAGGGGACCAUGUUACCUGGAUAGGCCUCUACCAUAACAUCUCAGGUGUUGGUGUUUUCCUUCACCCAGUGGGGCUGAAACUGCUGCUUUACCACAGGGCCCUGGACCCUUCCCAGUGGGCUGUCCAGCAGGUCUUCUACCUUGGACAGUACUAUGCAGACUUGGGCCAGCUGGAAUGGGAGUUGAAGGCUGGCUGACUGGAAGUGGUUAGAGUUCCUCUGCCUUUGCCAAAUGGUGCUUCAUCCCUGAGGUCCCGGGUCUCCCCAGGUCCUCUUCCCCAACUUCAUUUCUCGCCCCUGGGCUCCCAAUACAGUGUUCAAGGGAACCUGGUGGUAUCCUUCCUCUGGUCAUUUACCUUUGGCCAUGGGGUGUACAGUGGCAUGAGGAUUUUUGAUAGGUUCAAGGGUGAGCGAGUGGCCUAUGAAGUCAGUGUUCAAGAGUGUUGUCUGUCUGUUCAUGGUGGUGAGUCACCCAAGACAAUGAUGACCUGAUACUUGGAUAGCAGCUGUGGACUUGGCUGUAAUAGCCAGGGCCUGGUGCGGGGAGUGGACUGCCCCUAUCAAGCCACGAUGGUGGACAUCCACAUAUUGGUAGGCAAAGGGACGAUCCAGCUGCUCCCGGGGGCUGUGUGUGUAUUUGAGGAGGCCAAGGGACUAGCCCUUCGAAGACACCACAAUCUGAUUGAUCAUUUCUAUGGCGGUUUGGCCAGCUCAGCCCUUGUGGUCAGGUCUGUAUCAUCUGUAGGCAACUAUGACUACAUUUGGGACUUCGUGUUGCACCCAAAUGGGGCAAUUGAAGGGCGAGUCCAUGCCACGGGCUGUAUCAAUACAGCUUUCCUGAGUAGGGGAGAGGAGAGUCACCUCUUUGGGAACCGUGUGGGAGAACAAGUGCUGGGGACGGUGCACACGCAUGCCUUCCACUUCAAGCUGGACCUGGAUGUGGCAGGGCUGAAAAACUGGGUGGUGGCUGAAGACGUGGUGUUUAAACCCGUGGCAGCCCCCUGGAGCCUGGAGCACCAGCUGUACCGCCCACAGCUGACUCGGCAGGUCCUGGAAAGGGAAGACCUGACAGCAUUCUCCUUGGGAAUCCUCCUUCCCUGUUACCUUUACCUGGCUAGCAACCAGACUAAUGCCUGGGGUCACCAGCAUGGGUACCGCAUCCAGAUCCACAGCCCCCUCGGCAUACACAUGCCCCUGGAGAGUGACACGGAGAAGGCCCUCAGCUGGGAGAGAUACCAACUCGCGGUGACCCGGAGGAAGGAAGAAGAGUUGCAGAGCAGCAGCAUCUAUUACCAGAAUGACAUCUGGACACCCACUAUGGCCUUUGCUGACUUCAUCAACAAUGAAACCCUCUUAGGAGAGGACCUGGUGGCUUGGGUUACAGCCAGCUUCCUGCACAUCCCCCACGCUGAGGAUGUCCCCAACACAGUGACUGUGGGGAACAGUGUUGGCUUCUUGCUCUGACCCUAUAACUUCUUUGAUGAGACCCCCUCCAUCUUCUCCCCUGGCAGCAUCUACUUUGAGAAGGGCCAGGAUGCUGGGCCCUGCAGUGUCAACCCUGUGGCCUGCAUCCCCCAACUGGCAGCCUGUGCCCCAGACCUGCCCCCUUUUUCUUUUCAAGACUUCUAGCUCUGAGGGUGUGGUGGGACAUGGGGGGCUGAGGCAUAAGUACCUUCCUCUGUUUCCACUCACCAUUCCCUACAUCCUUAUCAAUCCUGCUCCACUGAUAACCCAUUCUCUUAGUAUUGCUUAGGAAACAGCCUCUUCCCAGAUAUCUCCAUAUAUCACUUUGGCUCACUCUCAUUUCCUGUUCAUUUUUAAAAAUUGAUGAAUUUAUAAAAAUGAUGUUAAAAUAUUCAAGCAAAAAUAGCAC